AUGAGCAAGUUUGAUUUGGAUAAGUUGGUAGCUAAGGCUUUGUUAGGCAAACACAAGGAUGUUGUGAGGCCCGAGGAGAAAGUGAAGUGGUUUACUAAGGCUCCUUACUUGUUAUAUCUGUUUUAUAAUGUGGCUAAUUGUAAGCUUAAUGUUGCUCGUGCUUUAAAGGAUAGGAUGAAGAAGGAGAGUAAGUAUCCGAAGAAUAUUCAAAGGAAACAGAAAGCCAAGAUUUUAAAGAGAUCAAUAAUGAUGGACUACAUGGUGGAUGAUAUGCAUUACUAG